AUGGCUGAAAUUAAAAAAUUUAAGAAAGAAUUUGCUGAGUUACAAGAAUCACUAUUGGAACAAACCAGGCAAAUACAGUCAUUGAAGAUACUAGUCAUGGAGAAAAACUUUAUGUUGGAAAACUUAAACUCGGAAAUAGCUGCAAUGAAAGAUUCCAAUAAAAACGACAUGGAGGUACUGAAAAACGUCUUAUCUGAGCAAGUCGUACUAUUAAAAAAGGUGGCGCAAGACUUAUUUCCAAGCGAUAAGUAUUCUGCAAUUUUCCCUAUAACAAUCCAACGGGAUUUGGAUGACGUAGAAUAUUCAAUCACCGCAGAAAGUCACGAUCAAAUG